UGAUUCCAUCUCAUCGGCAUCCUCUGCAUCGCUUUUCAUCUCGACGGUCUGCAUUUUGUCCACGUUGCAUCUUCCGUCCGAACUUGCUAUGGCUGCUCCAACGGUAGACGCCAGUGCUGCCCCGCCCGUCAAUGACCCUCAGCCUCGUCUUCCGCUGGAGAUCUGCGAGCGCAUCAUCGACCAUCUCGAUCCGGAUUGGUACGCAGGCGAAAGACAAACUCUGUUGAACUGCGCCCUCAUUUGUCGAGGGUGGUAUGCCGAGAGCCGCGCGGUCCUUUUCGAAGAGCCCGAGCUCCGCACUUGGAAACAGGCGGUCGCCUGCGUGACAUCAUUGAAGCAGAUACCUCUCCUCGCUGCCCGUGUGCGACAAUUACGGAUCGGGCAUCAUUCAGAUUCGGAGACCGUUGUGACAGGCGCGGAACUGGCAUCGAUUCUCGUGAUGCUGGCGGAGAAACUUCCCAACUUGGCCCGGCUCGCGUUCAGCCACGUCAGCUUCGAGCACUGCUCUAUGCGCGUUUUAGCGUUUUGGAGUUUGCACGAAUUCAGUCACAUUACAUCAUUGUGGCUACUGAGUGUGACAUUGCCAUCGGCGAGCCCCUUCGUUCAGGUCAUCUGUUCAUUUCCUCAUCUGCAGGACCUUUAUUGUUACGAUCUGCGCUGGAGCGAAUCAAGGUCUAUGGCUUCACUGCCUGAACACCACCGCAUGCCUUUGAGGACAGUGACUUCCCUUGAAUAUGACCUGUCAUGCUUCGAGGACAUUGGACAUAUUCUUCUCGGUCUGCUAGAUCAAAAAAUCCUGAAAUCACUUCGCCUAGAAUCUGCAGUCUCCGAGGCGGCUCUUGCUUUUACUCAGGACAUGCUGAACAUGGCCGGCACGAGACUCGAGGGGGCAACAAUACUCUUCCAGGCACCAGAAGAAGAUGCCGGUGGCAAUUUCCAGUCGUUGCUCUUGCACCCUAUCAGCUUUGAAGCAAAUGACAAUCUGCAAAGCCCCAGUCUGGCCAUCUUCACUUCGAACACGAACGACGUGGCACUGUUUGUCCAGAGUCUGCUGCUGCCUGUGCUCGACACGAUAUCGUCAAAAGGUCUCAAAGAUGUCCAUUUCGUCGUAGCAAGCCAUUCGAAAUUGGAAACAGAUGCCUUACUUAAUGCAUUUGAUCUGGAGGUCUGCAUUCAGAUUGACGAGCUUCUGGCUGAGGGAACAUUUUGCCGAACUGCAAGAUGUAUCCAUAGAUUUCCAUACAGACAUCGCUGGAUUGGAUGACUCACAGCAUAUUGGGUUUUGUACAGAGAUUAGUGCCCGUUUUCCCAAACUGAACGACAAGAACAUGUUGAUUACUCAUUAUAACGGACGCCAAUUCCCA